AUGGAUUUAGAGGAAGGGGAGCUAAACGGCUCCUCUUGUAUACCCCGGAAUGAGAGCGGCACCGGACUGAGCGCCUCGGCCGGACUGUCCACUGCGCUGGCCAGCGUGCUGAUCUUUACCAUCGUGGUCGAUAUUCUGGGAAACGUGCUCGUCAUUCUGUCCGUGUACAGGAAUAAGAAGCUAAGAAAUGCAGGCAACAUCUUUGUGGUGAGCCUGUCGGUUGCAGACCUGGUGGUGGCGCUGUACCCCUACCCUUUGGUUCUGACGGCCAUCUUCUAUGACGAGUGGACCAUGGGGGACCUGCACUGCCAGGCGAGUGGCUUCGUCAUGGGCAUAAGUGUCAUCGGCUCGAUCUUCAACAUCAUGGCUAUUGCCAUCAACCGCUACUGCUACAUCUGCCACAGCUUACAAUAUGACCGUGUGUUCAGCCUGAGGAACACCUGCUGCUACUUAGGUCUGACCUGGGUUUUCACCGCCAUCGCCACGGUGCCCAACUUUUUUGUGGGAUCCCUGCAGUAUGAUCCUCGCAUCUACUCCUGCACUUUUGCCCAAACUGUGAGCUCAUACUACACAAUUUCAGUGGUGGUCAUCCACUUCCUGAUUCCACUGUUGGUGGUGUCUUACUGCUACCUGAGGAUAUGGGUGCGGGUGAUCCAAGUGAAGCACCGGGUGAAACCAGAGCAAAGAGCCAAACUAAAACCCAGUGAUGUAAGGAACUUCCUGACUAUGUUUAUGGUAUUUGUUUUAUUUGCUGUGUGCUGGGCACCGCUGAAUUUUAUAGGCUUGGCGGUAGCAAUAAAUCCAGCUAAAGUAGCACCAAACAUACCCCAGUGGCUAUUUGUUACCAGCUACUUCAUGGCAUACUUCAACAGUUGCCUCAACGCCAUCAUAUAUGGAUUACUCAACCAAAACUUUAGAAAAGAAUACAAGACAAUUCUCCUUGCUCUGUGCGUCCCACGUUUACUCCUGGUGGAAACCUCUAGAUGUGCCACAGAGGGCCUAAAGAGUAAACCCUCAGCUGCUGUAACAAACAAUAAUGUAGCGGAGAUAAAUGUGUAG